UCUUAAUUACAACUAUCAUUCCAGUGUGAAUUAAGAGAGUCCGGAAUGUUGUCCAAAAUUGCAGUUUGGACCGUUCAGAUUCCGACCACUAAUGUAGACAUUAUUCGUUCAUUUUCGGCGAUUGGUUCGCCAAAUUUUGAAGAAAUACUCCGUCCAUUGUUGCCAUUCAAACAUAUUGAUAAUAUCCUGAGGAGGCAUUCCCUUAAUGAUAUACGCUCCAUUAUUGUACCUGCAGACAUCCGUUCAUGAUGGGCAGGAUACCAGAUCCAGUAAAUGGUUGAAGCAGAGAAAUCAAGAGGUGAAUUUCAAGUCAUCCAAAUGGCUAGAAGUCCGUGAAAUGCUUGUUGAGAAAUUUCACAAGUCUUUUAGUUACCUGCAGUACAGGGAAAAGAUGAUGAGAUGCAAGCAACGCAAUGGUGAAUACAUGCAUCUGUAUAUCGAACGAUUUUUGGACUUGGUGACAAAGACCAAGCUCACCGAUAACCCCACCUUGGUAUCAAUCUUUUUCCACUCAUUGUUGGACCCUGUACGUGAAUGCGUGACAAAGAAGCUCGGUACCAUGAAGAGGGAAGACGGAACGUCUCCUGCUGGGUAUUACGUCUUGGAAGAGGAGACUCUUGCACAAUUACAGCGCAUUUUUGAAAAAGAGAAGACCUUCUUCGACGAUGAAUUAGACAAGCUGUUCCCCUUAAUAAAGAGGAAUGAAGGCAGCAAGUCCCCUCAUAAGGUGCUUGACAACAGAACACCGAGGACCAGCGAUCGCAAGCGCAAGCAUGCCGACAGUGAUCGUACUACAACGCAAGACAAGAGACCACGCCAUGAUGGGCAAAGAACACAUGCCGUCAUUGUGGGGACACAUAUCUCCCCGGGCAUCUAG